UUGAACCGCGUGUGGGGCAGAGCUGCGUACCGGCCUCCCGGGUUGACUCGCUCACACCGCUCCCUCUUUCGCUGUCUCCUCCAAGUGUGGCCAACGCUUUACACAGGGACCGCAGGAGAGUUCUCACUAGGAAUGCCUGUGGGUUCCUGCCCACCCGCCUGCCAUCAGCCCUAGCAGAGCUUCAAAGUUGGAGCCACCUCCCUCUCUACCUCCCCACGCCCCUUCACGCCACUGCUCCGAAAUUCGCCGACCUUUGCAUGCAUUGCCUAAGGGCUGCAAACCUUGAAGCGGAGAAGCCAGCAACCCAGCCAGGCUUUCCGUAUUGUAACCCUCGGGUCUAGGUACAGUAGCUCACUGAAGACUGCAGAUACACCCCUAUAAACGGAGGGAAGAGGGGGGAGGGAAAGGAGAAAAAGAACGAGGAGAGGAUGUUAGAAGGUCCAUGCUUCUCUGCCUGAGUCCCAAUUAGACGCCACUGUUUCAGCCUGGCCAAGGUGAAGGAAAGUUGCUUCCGAACAUAGGAAGUGGGUUUGGCUGCAAAGAGGCGGAGGGCGCCUGGGCUCUGAAGCUCCCCUCCCUUCUGCUGAAGACCACUGGGUCCCCUUCUUGCCAACCUCCUCCCGCUCUUCUCCUCCAGCCCUCCCUUUUCCCACUCCUCCUUGACUCGGAGGCCUGGAUGCUGGGCCACCGGGCAGUGGUCCAGCGCGCAGUCGGGCGGGGGCGGGGGCAGGGGGCACUGUGACAGGAAGCUUCGCGCACAAGUUGGCCAUUUCAGGGGCAAAAUAAGUUCUCCCUUGGAUUUAGAAAGGACAAAGGCAGCAAGCUCCCUCUUUUGUGUCGGAUGAAGAGGACCAACCAUGAGCAGGAGCUUGGGUGCAGGCUCACCGCCUCUACCACCGCGGUCAGCUCCAGUUCUUGCCAGGAGUGGACCGUGCGAGCACAAAUUGCAAGGAUGAACCACCUAUAACUUGAGAAAAGUAGGAGUGAGCCAGAUCUGGAAAGGUCCCACCGGGCCCCAGGAACAUACCCCAGAAAGAGAUCACCAUUGAACAACAGUGGAAAAGCAAGGAAUUCGGUGAAGGGCUCUUUUAGCCCAAUCCUCCCUUAUUGAAGGACAGGCCAAAGAUCCCACUUGGAAAUGAGAGAAGACUAGCAGGCAACAUUGGCUCCACCCAGUGAUAUCUCCAAGAGAUACAGAAACAGGAUUCAUGAAGAUGUUGACAAGACUCCAAAUUCUUAUGUUAGCUUUGUUUUCAAAGGGGUUUUUCCUCUCUUUAGGGGAUCACAACUUUAUGAGGAGGGAAAUUAAGAUAGAAGGUGACCUUGUUUUAGGGGGCUUAUUUCCUAUUAAUGAAAAAGGCACUGGAACUGAAGAGUGUGGGCGAAUCAAUGAAGACCGAGGUAUUCAACGCCUGGAAGCCAUGUUGUUUGCUAUUGAUGAAAUCAACAAAGACAAUUACUUGCUACCUGGAGUGAAGCUGGGUGUUCACAUUUUGGAUACAUGUUCAAGGGAUACCUAUGCAUUAGAGCAAUCAUUGGAGUUUGUCAGGGCAUCUUUGACUAAAGUGGAUGAAGCUGAAUAUAUGUGUCCUGAUGGAUCAUAUGCUAUUCAAGAGAACAUCCCAUUGCUUAUUGCAGGAGUCAUUGGUGGCUCAUACAGCAGUGUUUCCAUACAGGUGGCAAACCUGCUGAGGCUCUUCCAGAUCCCUCAGAUAAGCUAUGCCUCCACCAGCGCCAAACUCAGCGACAAGUCGCGCUAUGAUUACUUUGCCAGGACCGUGCCCCCUGACUUCUACCAGGCAAAAGCCAUGGCCGAGAUCUUGCGCUUCUUCAACUGGACCUAUGUGUCCACUGUUGCCUCUGAGGGUGACUACGGGGAGACAGGGAUUGAGGCCUUCGAGCAGGAAGCCCGGCUACGCAACAUCUGCAUCGCCACUGCGGAAAAGGUGGGCCGGUCCAAUAUCCGCAAGUCCUACGACAGUGUGAUCCGUGAGCUGCUGCAGAAGCCCAAUGCGCGGGUAGUGGUCCUAUUCAUGCGCAGUGAUGACUCACGAGAGCUGAUCGCUGCAGCCAGCCGCGUGAAUGCCUCCUUCACCUGGGUAGCCAGCGAUGGCUGGGGCGCACAGGAGAGCAUCGUCAAGGGCAAUGAGCACGUAGCCUAUGGCGCCAUCACCCUGGAGCUGGCAUCCCAUCCUGUUCGUCAGUUCGAUCGCUACUUCCAGAGCCUCAACCCCUACAACAAUCACCGCAACCCCUGGUUCCGAGACUUCUGGGAGCAGAAGUUCCAGUGCAGCCUCCAGAACAAGAGAAACCACAGACAGGUUUGUGACAAGCACCUGGCCAUUGACAGCAGCAAUUAUGAGCAAGAAUCCAAGAUCAUGUUUGUGGUGAACGCAGUGUAUGCCAUGGCACAUGCGCUGCACAAAAUGCAGCGCAACCUGUGUCCUAAUACCACCAAGCUCUGUGACGCAAUGAAGAUCCUGGACGGAAAGAAAUUGUACAAGGAUUAUUUGCUGAAAAUCAACUUCACGGCUCCAUUCAACCCAAAUAAAGGAGCAGACAGCAUUGUGAAGUUUGACACUUUUGGAGAUGGGAUGGGAAGAUACAACGUGUUCAACUUCCAGCACAUAGGUGGGAAGUAUUCCUACUUGAAGGUUGGCCACUGGGCAGAAACUUUAUCUCUAGACGUGGACUCUAUCCACUGGUCCCGGAACUCAGUCCCUACUUCCCAGUGCAGUGAUCCUUGUGCCCCCAAUGAGAUGAAGAAUAUGCAGCCAGGGGAUGUCUGCUGCUGGAUCUGCAUCCCCUGUGAGCCCUACGAAUACUUGGUUGAUGAAUUCACCUGUAUGGAUUGUGGGCCUGGCCAGUGGCCCACUGCUGACCUAUCUGGAUGCUACAAUCUUCCAGAGGAUUACAUCAAAUGGGAAGAUGCCUGGGCAAUAGGCCCAGUCACCAUUGCCUGUCUGGGUUUUAUGUGUACGUGCAUAGUUAUAACUGUCUUUAUCAAGCACAACAACACACCCUUGGUCAAAGCAUCAGGCCGAGAACUCUGCUACAUCUUGUUGUUUGGAGUUAGCCUGUCCUAUGGCAUGACAUUCUUCUUCAUUGCUAAGCCAUCACCUGUCAUCUGUGCAUUGCGCCGGCUUGGACUUGGGACUUCCUUUGCCAUCUGUUAUUCAGCUCUGCUGACCAAGACAAACUGCAUUGCUCGCAUCUUUGAUGGUGUCAAGAAUGGCGCUCAGAGGCCAAAAUUCAUCAGCCCCAGUUCUCAGGUGUUUAUCUGCCUGGGUUUGAUACUGGUCCAAAUUGUGAUGGUGUCCGUGUGGCUUAUCCUGGAGGCUCCAGGCACCAGAAGAUAUACCCUUCCAGAGAAGCGGGAAACAGUCAUCCUAAAAUGCAAUGUCAAAGAUUCCAGCAUGUUGAUCUCUCUGGCCUAUGAUGUGGUUCUGGUGAUUCUAUGCACUGUGUAUGCCUUCAAAACAAGGAAGUGUCCUGAGAACUUCAAUGAAGCUAAGUUCAUAGGCUUCACCAUGUAUACUACCUGCAUCAUCUGGUUGGCGUUCCUCCCUAUAUUUUAUGUGACAUCAAGUGACUACAGAGUGCAGACGACGACAAUGUGCAUCUCCGUUAGCUUGAGUGGUUUUGUGGUCUUGGGCUGUUUGUUUGCCCCCAAGGUACACAUUGUCCUGUUCCAACCCCAGAAGAAUGUGGUCACACACAGACUGCACCUCAACAGGUUCAGUGUCAGCGGAACUGCCACCACAUACUCUCAGUCCUCUGCAAGCACAUAUGUCCCGACGGUGUGCAACGGGAGGGAAGUUCUCGACUCCACCACCUCAUCUCUGUGAUUGCGAUAUGCAGUUCAGUUCUCAUGUUCUUAGGCUGUUAGACAAAGUGCUCACAUGCUGCUCCAGAACACGGAAACAGAACAAAAGGACAACCCUAGUACCUUUUUUUUAGAAACAGUACAAUAAAUUAUUUUUGAGGACUGUUCAGUAUAUAGUGAUGUGAUAAAACUUUUUAGGCUGAUUUUAGUGCCCCAAUAACACCCCUCCCCAAACAUGGAAAUAACCAUUGUUUACAGAGCUGAGUAUUGGUGACAGGGUCCGACAGGGUCAGUCUACUAAAACAAAACAAACAAAUAAAAAUCCCUAUACAGUGGCAAUAUUAGGUAACCUUUUUCCUAUGAAGUCUUUUGUAGGUUCUUGUUGUAACUAACUUAGGGUGAGUUUCUACGUUGUAUAUUAAAGUUACAUUAUGUGUAACAGAUUGUUUUUCUCAGUACAAAAUAAAAGGUAUCUGUAUUAAUGUAAAGAUAACCAGAAUAAAACCUUCGAGGUUUUCAAGCA